GAUCUCCGAUUCAUUGGCAUUUAGCGCGCGACAACUCUCGGCUCGGCCUUUUUUUUGUCAGCAAUUCGGAGAAUUUAGUUCUUACUUUGUGAAUACAAUUCAACAAUAAAAGGUGAGCAAACUAAAAGGCAAUCAUGGCAAAGAUGUGUGUGCUGUGUCGCAGCAGCGAAACGGAGGAUCCAUUGUCCUUCGGCCGCACCAUCGAGGAAGGAAAUAUUAUGGUGCACCACAACUGUCUGUACCUGAGCUCCAAUCUCGUCCAGCGCGGUAACAACCGUGUCGGCAUCUUGCGCUUCCUGAUGGAAGACAUCCGCGCCGAGGCCAGGCGUUGCUUCCCUCUUCUUUGUGUUUACUGCCACCGCCCGGGCGCCAAUAUCGGUUGCUGCAAGUCCGGCUGCCGUCGAACCUUCCACACGAAGUGCGGCAUCGACAAUCUCGCCCAGAACCAGUUUCGUGGGACAUACAAGUCGUACUGCCACCGCCAUGUUAUCACCCAUCGCCGUCGCCCGGCUAGCUCGGACACCAUCUGUGUCAUCUGCACGGAGCUGCUGGUCGAGGAGGGCGAACGCUUCAAUGUGGUGAACAUGCUUUAUUCGCCAUGCUGCCGGAACGGCUGGUACCACCGCAAAUGCCUACAGAUGUACGCCAACACUUCCGGGUACUUCUUCAAGUGUCCACUAUGCAACAAUACAGAGGAGUUCCACGACGUGACCCUCAUGGGCAUCGCAAUGUCUAGCCAGGACGCCACUUGGGAGACUGAGCCCAAUGCCUUCGCGGAACAUUUCCGUCGCGACAUGGUCUGCGUUGCCGAAGAAUGCAUGGCGCUGGCCGGCCGCACAGACAACUCCAUCCUGCUGCUGUAUUGCAAUAUUUGCGGCUCCAAUCCGGCACACGGCUUGUGCAUCGGCCAAGCAUUUGAUACUUACGUCUGCCAUGUUUGCGCGGUCGUCUCGCCCGUUCCGCCGUCCCCGGCUGACGAUGACAACGAGUCGAUGAACUCCGACGAAAGCGACACUUUCGAGUCAUUCGCCCAGGAGGCUGCUAACCAAACACUCCCCAGAACUGAGCACACAAUUGUCUUGACCAAUGAGCGUGAUAAUGUCCAGCCCAAGCUGUAUACCUCCGGCUGGGAUCUUAAUAAUGGUAAUGACACCGAGGACGACGACGAAGUGUUCCAGCGUGCGGCUGAAAUGCAGGAACGUCAGCAGACGAUCGCUGAUGUUAUCGAGUCUUCGUCCGAUGAUCAGCCCUCUACAUCUGCUGCGGCUGCGCAGAUAUUAGUUAACCGCAGGAUGACCCGUUCCACUGCAGCAGGCGGAUCGGCCCGAACUGCACCACGUCGCAGCAGCCUUAGACUGCGGGCCCAGAACCAGGAGAACACCGAUCCAAGCAGCUCCUCAUCUAACACUGGCAGGCGUUCUUUGCGCUCCCGUCGCACAAUGCCCGCCAGAAUGCUUGAUUCUGACGAUGAAUCCGAUACUGAUGCCGAAAAGAGGAACAAGCGCAAGCCGAAGAAGCGCGCCGUGUCUCCUUCCCCACCUGCUAUGCCAACACGUAGGCGCAACUUCGGCACCAACACGCCGGAGCCUAGCAUGAACGGCUGCUUGCGCUCCAUCACUCCGGAGGCAGCCGCCAGUCGCUCCAAUGGCCAAUCGCCACCAGGCAGAAACUUGCGCCGCAGGACCAUGGCCAGCUCAAAUCCGACUCGCAACAUGGAUCUGUCUUGCGUGGCGAACAGAACUCGCAACCGUCUGCCUAGCUACAGGGCCCAUCGCAAGUAGGGUUAGCAAUCCUAUACUCUACAAAAAAACAUUCCAUGUACAGAACGUUGACUAUGCAGCGGAUCCCAAUGCGUGCGUUCCAUCCGCUGCUGCUAUUUUAGUUUGUUAUGUUUUUUUUUACAUCGUUUACACUACACGUACCACAAAACGCUAGUGGUAGGUGAACCCUGAUCUCGAAACGAAAUGUAUUACUAAGAAUUGGGGAUAAUUUUUUUAAGUCAUUCAAAAUCGAAUUUAUUUGAAAUUCAUUUAAAAACUUUUUUUUUGCAUUUCAGUUAAAAACUGGUGCUAAACAAUGCUUACAUCACAUUAAUUGCAACUUACAAAAUACCUAUUCGAAUGGUUUAUGGACAACAUUCAACAAAAUUAGCAUGUUGCCCUUUUUUUUUAAACUCACAUUUUCGUGUUUCUGCCAGUCAACAAAAUUUCUAUGUAACUAAAUUUCUUUCUGUUUGUAUGAAACUUGCAUAACUUUUGAAAAAUAUAUUUGUAUUCAACUAAUUUUUUUUUCCCCUUGUAUGAGCUCUGUCCAAUAUUUUUUUUUUUUUUAAUUUUUUUAAGCUGAAUGAAUACACAAAUACUUCGGUUUUGAAUGACUUCCCUCUAACACAAAACAGUACAAAUUUAUUAUAUAAACAUGGACGGUACAUAAAUAUGAAUAAAACAAGGGUGAUAAAAAAUUGGUAAAACGUAAA